AUGCGGCAGCUUGACCUCCAGGUGUGGGGCACGAGAGAGCCAGAGGGACAAAGCAUCCGCAGCAGCGUGGACAUCCCUGCCCGGAGCCCCAGGACUGACCAGGUCGUGGGGGCAGCCUGGACGCGGCAGCUCCUGAGCCCUGCUGGGGCUCACGGGCAGGGGGGCGGGGGCACAGAGGCUCCAAGGACGAGCAUCGGCUGCCCGGCGUGUUGCUGCGGCCGCUGGACCACACUGGCUGGACAGACCCUGCAGACAACCACCGAAGGGCUUCCCCCCGCCCCCCAACAGGAGCCAGAGCACCGGGCCGUCCUGAGCACCGUUCUGGUGCUCUGA